AUGGGAGGCACGCUGGUGUGGUGUGGAGGCGAGGCGUGGCACUGGCUGGCUCUUGUUACCCACCUACUUCUCUUCUCCCCCCUUCUCCGCCUCUCCUGCUUCAACAUCACUGCCUCACCCAAGCACCUCUCACCCCAACCACCCCCAUCAUCUCUUCCUCGCGCCAUGAAACGUCUCCGCCUCACUGCUGCAUACCUCAACUCCACCUGGCACGGUCUACCAUACGCUGGCACUUUCUACACCGUUCUGACCCAAUCCCCCAACCAUCCCUCUCCCUUCCCCCCUACCCAGCGGCCCGUCAUCGCAGCACCCACCACCUCCACCUCCGUCGUCGCCUCCACCAUCGUGUUUGGGCCAGACCUUUCACUGUCCCCAAAGAACCGCACCACGCACCCCUGGCACCGCGGCUUUGGCAUCCUCCGCCCCUGUCCCAAUCCCAGUGCCACUCCACCUCGCCCCAGUUCGUCCCCGUCCCAGUUCUCAGCCCACUCACCCGUCCGUCGUCCCUCAGUGAAGUGUGACACAGACGCCCGCGUCUCGACGGUGGCUCGGGCGGUGAAGGCGGUGAGGGCAGCAUGGGCGGCUAAACGCAGACAAGCCCAACACACACCUGCUCCUCGACGGCGUUGCUCAUGGUGGCGGAAACAGCAGUGUCCUGGAGCUAAGGAUCGGAGGACGCGCGCUUACAGACUCCUGCGGCACACUACAACCUCCCUCCCGGCUGCCCUCUUCCUCGACGCCUGCUCUGCUCUGCCCUGCCCUGCCCUGCCCUGCCCUGCCCUGCCCUUCUGUCCCUCCCCGUCACUGUACCCCUCAUCCCUCCCCUGUAUCUCAUCUCUCCCCCUCAUCAACCCCUCACCUACCCCACCUCCUCCCACAUCCCUCGUCACCUCUCCUCAAGAACUUCCUAUUCCUCCCCGUCCCUCCCCAGUCCUCGCCUACAGUCCUGUCUCCUCGUGGACUCUUAGGACAGCUAUUGACUCCAUGUGA